AUGUCGUUUUUGUUUGGAGAGCACGUCGUGUCGGUUGACGACGAGUUCUUCUGUCGUCUCUGCCAAGCCCAGUUCUCCUCCUACGACGCCAUCUACUCGCACUGCCAAGACAGCCAGCACCAUUCUUGGUGCCAGGAGUGUGAGAUGGUGUUCCUUGACGAGUGCGAGCUCAUGGAACACCUGACGGACGAGGAGUUCCACCACUUCUGUCCGGACUGUGUGAAUGGGGUCGAUUACCCCGAUGCAGAGAGUCUCAGCGCUCAUCGUGCGGCGGCACACUUCAAGUGCCAAGAGUGCGGCCUCAUCCUGGCCUCGGAGAGGAGCUUGAACACGCACCUCAUCUACGAGCAUGCCGCUUGCGAGGUCUGCCUCGAUGUCUUCUUGGACAUGGAAGAGUGCCACCAGCACAUGAGAACCCACCCGUACAGCGAGUACCACUGUCCGCGGUGCGACAACAUCGCUGAGACCUUCUCGGCUAUCAUCCGCCACCUCGAGUCGAGCCGCGAUUGUGGACGUCGUAUUCAAGUUCUGCGACUCGUCAAGGCAAACCCUCACCUCCGUGAUUUCUACAUCUACUCUGGCUCUGGCUUCGACUUCUACUGCAAGAGUUGUUUGCUCCGCUGGUCGUCCCUCGGCGAACUUGCUCUGCACCUUGAGAGCACCGACUACUGCAAGUGGCUCCUGGGCCCAGAUGAGGCAUUCUCCUACUUGCGGGAGCUCCUCGGCCGCCGGCCCGCGCAGGAUGAGCGCUCCUCCUCGCCUCCUCCCUGGCUCUCGCCCGACUACGUGAUGCACUAG